ACAUUCACAAAUAUAAAAACUGCAUAUAUACUUGUUUUUUAUUGCUAUUCUUGUUUUUCCAGUGUAUAGAUAUAUUUAUUUCUAUCAUUAUUUAGUGGUAAUACAGUGUACAACAUCCAAAUAGUGUAGUGUUUUUGAUGUGAGAAGAAUAUCCUACAAAAUGAGUGACAUAAUGCCAAAGAAAAGGAACGUGGAGGAAAGUUUGGUAGAACAUUUUCAAUGUCCAGUAUGUUACGAAUUCAUGGACAAAAUGAUCCUUAAUUGUCCCAACGGACAUAGUAUGUGUAAUCUUUGCAUAAGCAAGCUGACCAGAUGUCCCAUUUGCAAGAUCAAGUUGGCUGUGACUUACAGAAACAUAAACAUGGAGAAAGCAUCGAAAACAAUGAAAGAAUGGCUGGCCAUUCAUGGAAACAUGGAUAAAUCUAUGUCUCCAGCUGUUGUUUGUGCUGCAAGAAGACGCCAAAGACGGUCUCUAGGUUCUCCAUUAAAAAGAGAGCCAUCGAACGACUUUUUAUCCAAGUCACUGAUUCAGUGUCCAUAUUCAUCUUGUUGCUACUUCACCGAACAACUUUUGCAGCUCAAAAUCCACAUCCAGAACUGGCAUUCCAGCGACACUAGACAAAUCAGUAAUCACACCAACCAUCCUAAACAAGCCAAUAUAAAAGUGAGCCUCUAUUGGGACAUCGCAUCGGCAUACAGCAUGUUCACACUAUCAGCCCCAGAAGUGUGCUUCGUAGUGUACAUAGUGCGGACACCAGAUUCCAUACACAAAUCCUCGCACUUCAUCAACGUUUUGGCCAUAUCCGACCAGACCUGCAUGUACAAAUUCACCUGCGGGCAUGCCUCGAAGUUCUGCAUGUUUUACCAGGGCAGACGUCAAGCCCAAGAAGGUCUGGAAGUGAACAGUUCAUCAGUGGAGAGGGUAUUAAGAAGUGGAACUGCUUGGUUUUUUACCACACUGUAUAUUAGUAAAGUGGCAAACUUGUGUAGUUAAUUUUGAUAGCUUUAUUACUACUGUCUGUUGAAAAAUUGUAAUUACAUACAGUAUUUCCCCGAAUUGUUUUUGCAAGAAGAAAAACUUUUUUAUUAUUGACAUUUUGAGAAAAAUGCAUUCUUCAUAAGAAAUUUUGC